AUGUCGAUUGCCCUCGCUAGCUUGAGAACUUCCGCAAUUCGUGCUCGUGUGGCUCCUUCUGUGGCUGCUCCUGUUGCACGCAUGUUGAACACCAGCACCUCGAGCAACAUGGCCUCUCCUACUGAUGCUCCUGCCACCAAGAAACAGCCAUUGCUCAAGACUUUUGAGAUCUACCGCUGGAACCCUGAUAAGCCUACCGAGAAGCCCUACUUGGAGAAGUAUCAGAUUGACUUGAACCAAUGCGGUCCUAUGGUGCUCGAUGCUUUGAUCAAGAUUAAGAACGAGCAGGAUCCUAGCUUGACUUUCCGUCGUUCUUGCCGUGAGGGUAUUUGUGGUUCUUGUGCCAUGAACAUUGAAGGUGGCAACACUCUUGCUUGUAUCUCCAAGAUCAACCGUGACGCUAGCAAGCCUGUCAAGAUCUACCCCUUGCCUCACAUGUACAUUGUCAAGGACUUGGUGCCUGAUCUUACCCACUUCUACAAGCAGUACAAGAGCAUCGAGCCUUAUCUCAAGCAAAACACCCCUCCCGCUGAUGGUAAGGAAAACUUGCAAUCCAUUGAGGACCGUAAGAAAUUGGAUGGUUUGUACGAGUGCAUUCUUUGCGCAUGCUGCUCUACCUCUUGCCCUUCGUACUGGUGGAAUCAGGAGGAGUACCUUGGUCCCGCUGUGUUGAUGCAAGCUUACCGCUGGAUGAUUGACUCUCGUGAUCAGUUUGGUGCCCAACGUCGUGAAGCUCUUCAAAACAAGAUGUCUGUUUACCGAUGCCACACCAUUAUGAACUGCAGCAAGACUUGCCCCAAGGGUCUUCAACCUGGUGCAGCUAUUGCCAAGAUCAAGUACAUGAUGGCCACCGACUAA